AUUGCGGAGGAAAAUUACAACCAUCGUCCAAACAAUGGCGGCGCCCAUGGAUCGAUUGAACAAUCUUGGACUUGAAAAUUCGGACAUAAAUGAGUCUUUGUCAAAACAAAAUCAAGAAAUAUGUAGUCUGUGUCUGAAGGAGUCGUCUCGCUACACCUGUCCUCGGUGUAAUGUCCGCUACUGCUCACUAGCAUGUUACAGGAGCGAGAAACAUGGAGGCUGCUCAGAAGCUUUCUACCACGACUGUGUUGUUGAAGAUUUGGCCGAUACUGCAGCAAGUUCUGAUGAUCAGAAACAGGUUAUGGACAUCCUGGAACGACAGAAAGUUGUAGCACAGGAGGAGGAAGAGGAAUUGAAUGAAGUGGAAGACCAGAUUGACCUUGAAGAGAGAUUAUAUGGCCUUGACCUCGAUGGUGACAGUGCUGAGAUCUGGAAUCGACUGACAGAGAAAGAGAGAAACGAGUUUAAUCAGAUGUUGGAGGAUGGGCGACUGGCCAACCUCGUGACAGUGUGGACUCCGUGGUGGAAUGUUCAGAAUAAAGAGAUGGUGUUAGAAGUCGAUGUUGAAGAAAAGCUGUUACCUGGACAACCGCCCAUUGUUGAAAACCUUCCGGAUAUUACUAAACUGCUAACAAAAUCACAUCCAUCCUCCGAUAUUCGCUAUAACAUGGUGAAUGUUUUGUAUUCUUAUGCUUUUGUGUGUAGACUGCACAAUGGAGGCCAUGUGGAUUGUCCGACUGAUGCAGUUCAGGACCUGCUGGCUGUGUGUAGAGUUCUCGACCAGACUGUGGUGUGUACCAGUGUGGGAGAAGCCUUACAGAUGUGUCUAAACAAUGUACAGACAAGUUGUACCCGCUGGAACGUGACGUCCGAGUUUAUGCUGAGUGUGAUUGCCGAUGUGAAGAAACUCAUCUCCGGUCCUCACAAGAUCCUCCCUCUCAACUUCAUGUUGUCUGCACUCUCCGAUAUCAUACACCUGUUGAAAACCGCUCACACAGCAAUACAAACAGAUAGCAAGUGUUCAUCAUCAAAGUACAAGUAUAAUAAAAAGGUUUUGAAGAAAAGAAUAUUCCAUGCGGACAAGAAAAGCAGGUUUCUUCUCAGUUGGUGUCAGAGAUACGGAAUGGCCGUUCAGGAGCUGGUACCAGAGAUAACACUGGAAAUGGAAAUGAGGUUGUCGGAUGUGAGUGACGUGACGAAGACCAAGCAACAGCUAGAGGAACAGUGGGGAGGAGUGAAACCGAAACCGAAAACACAGUUAAUACAGGAGAUCGGGUGAAACCGAAACACAGUUAAUACAGGAGAUCGGGUGAAACCGAAAACACAGUUAAUACAGGAGAUCAGGUGAAACCGAAACUGAAAACACAGUUAAUACAGGAGAUCGUGUGAAACCGAAACACAGUUAAUACAGGAGAUCGUGUGAAACUGAAAACACAGUUAAUACAGGAGAUCGGGUGAAACCGAAACACAGUUAAUACAGGAGAUCGGGUGAAACCGAAAACACAGUUAAUACAGGAGAUCAGGUGAAACCGAAACUGAAAACACAGUUAAUACAGGAGAUCGGGUGAAACCGAAAACACAGUUAAUACAGGAGAUCGGGUGAAACCGAAACACAGUUAAUACAGGAGAUCGGGUCUGCAGAAAAAGAAAAAAAAUCAUUCAUGCAAAGAACUGAAAUAUACACUGGAAAUUUGGGUGAAGCUGCACAAGAAUGUCAUUCACUAGAGUACAAAUAUGGGUAUAUUAUGGAAAAAAAGUCUUGAAAUCUGUACAUUAAGGCCAUCUCAGAUUUACUGAAUAAUGUUGCUCAUAUUUAGUAUUCAAUAUCAGAACACUGCCGAUUAAUCAGCGAACUAUUGAAUGGAAGAAAAAAGAACUUGAAUGAGACCAUCAAACACAGUAGUUCUGUUGUUAAAGAAAUAUUGGGUCAACCAAACCGAUUCCUGAAAUCAAAUAAUGAAAACCAUUCCACUACCCACAAACUGAUAGAGAUUGCUGUGGAUGAGAUGGUAGGAAGCUAUGCAGCCCUCUACAUUCACUUUUUCAUCAAGGAGCCCGAUGGCACUUGUAUUUUUUUUUAUAUACAUAGUAUGAAAUCUUUUGAUUGCCAAAUGAAUAAAAUGAUCACAUAUGUGACCAAAUCAAUCGCAAUGUAGAGGGCUGAAGCUAUGUCAUCUGGAGAAAAACUGGAAAAUUUAGUUACCGAUUUGAGUAUGGGUGAUACAUAUGAAUGACAAACAGGCUCUGUGGAGUUUUUGUUAUUGAACAAAUUCUAGCAAGAAAAGUUUUACAUGUAAUAAAUAAAUGGUUGUUAAAUACCAAAAUUCACAUAAUUACUGAUUU